UGGUUACUGACGGCAGGCUUAAUCCGCGAAUGGUUGUUGAUCUUACGGAAAUAUGCAAGGCGUUCCAUUCGAGGCUGUUUGGUGCACAAAAUUGGUGAUGCACUCCUGCGCUUCCUGAAAAACGGAUCGGCAAAACUCAUUUCGGCCAUCAAUGAUCAACAGUGCAGGUAGCUGGAACACGUGAACAAAGGGUGAAUCAAGCACUGGCUCCUAAAUCAUGGGUUCCAAGCUGCCUGACAAUCUGCCUCAGCUGCAGAACCUCAUCAAGAGAGAUCCUGAGUCGUACAGAGAAGAGUUUGAGAGUCAGUAUGUCUUCUAUGUGGACACCAGAGAAAUUUUCAAGUUGAGUCCAGCAUCUAAGGACAUGAAAUUCUAUGACCUGGUCAUGUUUCUUGCCCAGGUUGCUCAGUGCUACCCUAAAGACAAGGACCUGCAGCAGUUCCCUAAUGACUUAGUCGGGCUGUUGCGCACCCACGGCCCUGUCCUGCACCCUGAGGUGCGCAUGGGGCUCGUCAAGGCGCUCAUUCUUCUCAGGAAUAAGGACCUCUUGCCGCCCAUGCUCCUCCUCGAUGUUUGCUUCGAUCUCCUCCGUUGCCAGGACAAAGCGCUGCGCAAAGUUCUUCAGCUGCACAUUAUCACGGACAUCAAGAACAUCAACGCCAAGAGCAAAAAUAUGGUACUAAACAGGCAGUUGCAGGACUUCCUGAACAACAAGCUUUCUGACAACCACGCCGUCGCCGUCAAGACCGCACUUGACGUCAUGAUCGAACUCUACAAGAAGGGCGUCUGGAGAGACAAACGUAAUGUCAAUAUCAUAGCGCAGGCGUGUUACUCCAAAGUAGCUAAGAUCAUGGUCACUGCUAUCAAGUUCUUUGUUGGGAACGACGAAGGCGUCGUUGAGGAGUCCAGUGAUAGUGAAUCUGAAGUUGAGAACAACGCUACAAUGAAGAAGGCACUUCUUGCCAUCAGGGUCAACAAGAGAACCAAGCGCAAACAGAAGAAAGUUGAAGGCAUCAAGAAAACAAUACAAGAAACACAGAAAAAGAAGAACAAGAAUUUAAUUUUUGAUUACUCUGCGUUGCAUUAUAUCCAUGACCCUCAGACUCUGGCUGAAAAAAUAUUCAAGAUAUUCAACAAGCGCAAUGAGCGUUUUGAAGUAAAGUUACUUAUGAUGAACAUCGUGUCGCGUCUCAUCGGCAUUCACCAGCUGUAUUUGCCAAACUUUUACCCGACAUUGCAGCGUUUCUUGUUCCCCCACCAACGGGAGGUGACCAAGAUCAUGGCCUAUGCUGCGCAGGCGGCCCACCCUCUCGUACCUCCUGACGACCUGCAGCCCGUACUGCAGGCACUUACGCAUAAUUUCGUGACAGAGCGAUACUCUCCUGAAGUCAUGGCCAUGGGAUUGAACGCUAUCAGGGAGCUAUGCAGCAGAAACAUACAUGCCAUGAACGAGGAUCUCCUGCAAGACUUGGUCGCGUAUCGCAACAGUAAGAACAAGGGCGUUUACUCGGCUGCACGUUCAUUGAUGGCGCUCUACAGGGUUAAAAACCCAAGCCUCUUGGCCAAAAAAACGCGAGGCAUGCCCACUGAACUGUUCAUGGAGGAGAAACCAACGCAGUUUGGUGAAUAUACGGCUAAGAGUUUUAUUCCUGGAGCCGAAAUUCUUGCAUUUCAAACCAGAAAUGAAGAUUUCAAACCGGCGUCAGAUAGCGAAGCCGAACCCUCGGAUCUUGACGACGAUGACGAUGAUGAGGACGAAGAAAUGGAAGAGAAUCAAAUUGAAGAAGAAAACGGAGAAGAAUGUUAUGAAGAAGGUGGCUCAAAUUGCGAGGAUUUAAACGCAAGCGGAGCUUCUCAAGACGUGUCCUGUGAGGGGGAAGAGAGCGAAUCGGACGAAUACGACAGCGAUUGUGACAGCGAUUUGGAAGACGAGACUCGUGAAGAAAACCAGAAGGACAAUUCAUCAUCUAUAACUGAGAAGGCUGACACGAAGAAUACUGAGAAUAAAAAGAAGAAUAAAGUUAAAGUUUCUAAGAAGAUCAAAGCCAAGCCUGAGAGUAGCAAGGCGCAGGUCUUAAGUAAGAAAGCAGCAAUUCGAGCAGUGCUUAAACUCACUCCUGAAGAGCGUGCGGCCAAAGCCUCAGACAUCGUUUCAUCGCGCUUUCUCACUGAUGAAGACUAUGCCAAAAUCGAAGCCGUGCGCAUCGUUAAGCAAACCGAACGAUACAGAAGCAAGCGUGCAGCGCCGGACGACGAGUCCCGUGCCAAGCCAAUCAAAGACAGACCCACCAGCAAACGCCAGAAGCUGGAAGAGUUUGUUGAUACGGACCGCGAGUUUGUGCCUCUGAGCAGCAUUGAAAUGAUCUACAAGAAGCGACCUCACGAUAAGGCGUCUCGCAUGCAGCAGAUGCUUGAGAACCAACAAACUAGAGAGAAAUUCGGCUCUAAGAAAGGUCGCUCUAAUCCAUUCGCGUCCACCACCAACCGAGAGAAGACCAAGGGGAAAACCUACAACAUGAUCAAGCACAAGAAACGGUACGCUAAAAUGAAGACUUCGUUCAAGGAUAAGCAGGAGAGACUGAAGAAAUCUAUGCUCAGGCAACUUAAGAACAGCUAAGAUGUUACGCAAGCAAUGCUGUUACAGUAAACGGUUGUCGUUA